AUGCUGUCUGGUGUCGCGGCAGCUUCCGCCCGGGCGCUCAUGCGUCCCUGCGUCUCUGGAUCUGCUCGGAGUGGCGUUUCGUCUUCAUUCCCGGCUCUGAGAAGCCGUUUUUUCAGCAGCAAGGCCGGCGCGGACGGCACUGUCCAGAUGCUGGUGGAAAACCCGCGGCCGACCCAGUAUCAAACGGAAAUCUGCAACCAAGCGACGAACGUGAAGCCCGGAGUUGAGAAGAACCCGACCAAGGCACUGAUUGCCACGUGCGCGCUGCUCGUCGGCAUCCCCAUCAUCCACACGAGGAUGGAACUCAACAAAUACUACAGUGAAGUAAGUGGGCAAGUCGCCGAAACGGAGACCCGCUUGGCUUCCAUGCGCCGAAGCCUCCGGGUCCCUCUCUGCGCCGCGUUCCCCGUCGACCUGGAUGAUGUGGAUAUCGGGGAGGCAGGCAGUAGCCGCCCGCGAAAACAUUGA